CUUAGGCCACCUGCUUCUUCUCUCCAUGACUUAAUCAAAAUUCUGCUAUACUUUAUAUUAACAUCAAGGCACCCCGAGAGCCACAUGCAAAGUGUAGACUCAUUUUCCAUGAAAGAACCGAUCUUUUUUUGGGACAAAUGAAAGAACCAAACUUUGAGUUUGAAAUUUUUUGCUCUGUUCUGCAUUAAUCCCAAAGCUUGUGUUGUCUUGUAGAGUCAUAGAGUGUGAGAGGGGGUUUGGGCCCCUUUACAUGUCCUUUAACGGCAAUGAAGUCAGUGAGUGGUUAAAGUACAUAGAAGACAGUGCGUGUCCUCUUCUACUUUCAUGUUUCUUUUGUGUUCUUGUCAUCUGGGUAAAGAUCAAAAAGCUCCUUCAUUUGGUUUCUGCUUCUCACAGUGAUAAUGCGUGUAUUUCUGCUUCUGGGUUUUGUUUCAUUUGAGAAUUUGGAUAUGGGUUUUGAUUGUGGGGUUUGUUGAGGAAGUGUGGGGUUGUAGAAUUUCAGAUUUUUUGGUUGAGGCAGAGGUAUGAAAGAGAAGAGUAAUGGAGUUGUGGCUGGGAAAGUUGUGGUGGUUGCUGUUAAUGCUUUGAGGGAAAUUCAAAAGACUGCUCUGGUGUGGGCUUUGACUCAUGUUGUGCAACCUGGCGAUUAUGUUAAGCUUUUGGCUGUGAUUCCUUCUCACACAUCAAGUAAAAAGAUAUGGGAGUUUGCAAGAUUUACUAGUGAUUGCACCACUAGUCAUCGGAGGUCUCUUUCAGGAACCGUGUCAGAUAAGAAGGAUGAUAUUGUGGACUCAUGCUCUCAGAUGGUGCUCCGGCUCCAAGAUGUUUAUGAUCCAGAGAAGAUAAAGAUCAGGAUAAAAAUUCUCUCUGGCUCACCCUGCGGUGUUGUGGCUGCCGAAGCAAAGAGAGCUCAAUCAAACUGGGUUAUAUUGGACAAACAAUUGAAAUAUGAAAAGAAACACUGCAUGGAAAAACUGCAAUGCAAUGUUGUGAUUAUGAAACGAUCUGGGCCAAAGGUUCUGCGCUUGAAUUUGAUAACAAAGACAGACCCUGAAGUGCCUUACCCUUCAUUGUCUGAAUCAGAAUCUUCUCCAAAACGUCUAAAAAGCAAGUUUGAAGAGUCGAAUAUGAUUAGAGGGCCAACUGUGACUCCUAGAAGUAGUUUUGACCACGAGUCACCUCUGACUGCAACUGAUAUUGGAACAUCAUCCAUAUCUAGCUCAGAUGUGGGGACUGAACGAGAUUUUCUUUCCGAAAUUUUGGGGAGGUUAAAGCAAGAGUAUCCAUCUACUAUUGAAGGAAAUCAGAAUUUGAAUGAAUCUGAUAUCGAGACAAAUAAUGAAAACCAGAGUUCUUACUUCACAAGUUCGUGUUGCCAGCCUUGUAUGGCAGAUUAUCAAAGUUCUGGUGGUGAGUUUUCAAGAUGUGCGGUGGAAGGUUCAGAGAGACCUUAUGAUAAGGCUCUGAUUUCAACGUAUGGAGCCUUGCUGGAUAAGUUAGCUAACUUGAAUCGAGAACCUGAUGUUGGGGUCUUGAAUUAUAGGCUUGAUUUGAAUUUAAGCAGAAGUGUACGUGAAGCAAUUUCAUUAUCCAAAAAUUCACCUCCUAACCCUCCUCCAUUGUGCUCCAUAUGUCAGCACAAAGCACCUGUUUUUGGAAAUCCUCCUCGGUGGUUCACGUAUGCGGAACUGGAAUUUGCUACAGGUGGAUUUUCACAAGCAAAUUUCUUGGCUGAAGGUGGGUUUGGUUCUGUGCACAGAGGUGUCUUAGCACAUGGUCAGGUUGUUGCUGUCAAGCAAUAUAAAUUGGCUAGUUCUCAAGGUGAUCAAGAAUUCUGCUCCGAAGUUGAAGUCCUAAGCUGUGCGCAGCAUCGCAAUGUUGUGAUGCUGAUUGGGUUCUGCGUGGAGGAUGGAAGAAGGUUGCUAGUUUAUGAAUAUAUAUGCAAUGGGUCUUUGAAUUCUCAUCUAUACGGGCCACAAAGACAUCCAUUAAAAUGGUCUGCGCGACAAAGAAUUGCAGUUGGAGCAGCUCGAGGGUUGAGAUACCUUCACGAAGAGUGUAGAGUGGGUUGCAUUGUCCACCGUGAUAUGCGACCAAACAAUAUCCUUCUGACGCAUGAUUUUGAACCCUUGGUUGGAGAUUUUGGACUGGCAAGGUGGCAACCAGAUGGAGAUGUUGGGAUGCAAACAAGAGUACUUGGAACAUUUGGUUACUUGGCUCCAGAAUAUGCUCAAAGUGGACAAAUCACAGAAAAAGCUGAUGUAUAUUCCUUCGGGGUAGUUCUAGUGGAGCUUAUUACAGGACGGAAAGCUAUGGACUUAAACAAGCCUAAAGGCCAACAGUGCCUCACUGAAUGGGCACGGCCCUUGCUAGAAAAGAACGCCAUUUUCGAGCUGUUAGACCCGCGGUUAAGGAGCUGCUAUUCGAAUCAAGAGGUUUGUAACAUGCUGCAAUGUGCUUCCUUGUGCAUCAGGAGAGACCCUCAUUCCAGGCCUCGCAUGUCCCAGGUGCUUCGGAUUUUGGAAGGCGAUGACAUCCCCGCAAAUUCGACAAAGCAUUCUUGAAGGAAGGAGGCAUUGUGAGAACAAUCUGUAGACGAUCCACAAGAUAGCUAUACAUUUUUGUUCCAAAAGAACAAAAGAAAGGUAUUAUUAUACAUUCUAGUUAAUUAGUUUCUGUUGUAAUGUGUAGUUGUAAGAUAGGUAGAUAUGCCUGUCGUCAAUUCCUUACGAGUUACAAGUUUACAACCAUAUGAAUGAAGUUGAUGAAAUUUCAUUCCAUUCCUCCAGUCCUCACUCGUGUUGUUGCUACGUCAAAUUGAAUAUCUGGAGAUUUUGUAGACAUAUAACAUCGUCCUGUUAAUAUAGUAAUUAUCAACUGAGUAAUGUUCUCUUGCGUAAGAGUUUGAUAAUAAGAUCAUAUUAUAGACA